AUGCUCAAUUUUGUGUAUGGUGCAUGGCAAUUUGUAUCAACUCCUCAAGUCCUACUGCAUGAAGAGGGCUACUUCGUUUUUAAGUUCGAUUGUGAUGAAGACAGAGACCUGGUUAUGCAAAAUGGACCUUAUACAUUUAAUAACAGGCCUAUGAUUCUGAAAAAUUGGGAGGCUGAUUUCAAAAUGAGUAAGGAAUUGAUGACAAAUGUACCAGUGUGGGUAACGUUUCCUAGGCUACCUAUACAGUAUUGGACAGGAGAAAAUUUGGGAAGAAUUGCAAGUUCAAUAGGAAAACCAAUAUGCACAGAUAAGCUAACAGCACAGGAAGCUCGAAUUUCAUAUGCUCGAAUGUUGAUAGAAAUGGACAUAUCUCAAGCAUUGCCUGAGGAUGUAUUGAUUGAGACCUCAAAUGGAGAACUGAGACAACAACAAUUGAAGUAUGACUGGCAUCCAUCCUUUUGCCAGGAUUGCCUCAGUAUACGAUUUAACACAGGAGAAUGCAAAAAUCAGAAAGGAGAAAAAAAGGAAGGAAAGGGACAGCAGGAAGGAAAGAAACAAGGGAAGAAAGUUAUUACAAAAUGGAUUGCCAAAGCUAGAGAGGAAACACAGAACAAGGUGACCAUUGCUGAAGAAAACAAUGUGAAUUCAAAUAAUGAAGAUGAACAAAGACAGGAGGCUGAUUUUCAGAUAGCAAAAUCAAAAGGAAAGCAGGUGCAAAAAGAAAGGAACACAGUGAGAAAGAAUGCAAUGGAGGAAGCAAUACAAAUUAGACUACAACAGAACAGAUUCACUGCAUUAAGGAUUCAGGAACAUGAGGAUGCUAGCUCAGCAUCAAAUGGGGAAAGAGUACCUGUAGUUCAACCCCCAUGA